AUGGCUCAAACACUAGAAUCUGCUUCGAUUCCAGCAGUUAUCUCAAAAGAAGAGUGUAUAUACUGUUACCAAUCGCCCUAUAAUGAUGUCACCCUUGAUGAAUUAACACACCCACCUCAUCACUCCUUAAAUGUGUGUUUACACUGUUUCCAAUCAGUCUGCAAUAGACAUUUGGGGCUACACUAUCAGGUUGCACUAAAUGCAGCUGGUUCUACUCAUUCUGAUUAUUUUAAUUUAGCUAAAGUGAAGAGACCAGAAGAUCGAGCUGAGCAAGAUAAAAGGAAUAAAAAGAUCAAGUUGCGAGUAGUGGAAAAAUCUGAAGAUGAAAUCUAUGAAACUCUGUGGUCAUUAGGUCAGUUUGAUGAGACUAAAUUGUCAUUACAAAUUUCAUGUACUUCAAAGGAUGCCAAUUUGUCGGAAUCGAUAACCUCCAAGGUGAAUCAGAUCCUAAAUUCUAAAUCGCAAGACAUGGUUGAUCAAACUUCAUCUUGGGAAUUGACAGUCAAACCGUGUCCCCAUGUGGAAAGUUAUCAACCUCCGCAAUUGGAAUCUGUAAAGCAAGCGGCUCAUAGUUGUACAGAUUGUGGAUUGCCUGACAAUCUUUGGCUCUGUUUGCAUUGUGGUAAUGUUGGCUGUGGUAGAAAUCAAGUUGGUGUGGAAGGUCACUCUCAUGCUUUAAAGCACUAUGAGUCAAAUCCAACCCAUUCCAUUGCAGUGAAAUUGGGAUCGUUGAGUAAAAACAGUAGUGAUUUGUAUUGUUAUUCAUGUGAUGAUGAGACGAAGUUUGAGGACCAAAGACCAUUUGUAAAUGCAUUGAAGUCCUAUGGUAUCAAUCUAGAAGAUAAACUGGCCAGUGAAAAGACCUUGGUCGAGUUACAAGUGGAACAAAACAUGAAUUGGGAUUUCCAAAUGACCGAUUCUGCAGGUAAAGAUCUAUUAAAAUUGAAACCAGAUCAAGAACAUGGUUGCGGGUUGAUCAACUUAGGUAAUUCCUGUUAUUUGAACAGUGUUUUGCAGUGCCUUUUUAAUGGUGGUGUUAAAGGAUGGUCUUUAAAGGGAUUGGGACAAGAUUUCCCACAAGACGUUCUCUAUCCAACGAAUAAUUUUAAAUGCCAGUUGAUUAAAUUAAACAACGCUAUGAAAGUAGAACCUCAAAAUUAUCCUGAAGGUAUUCGUCCAAAAAGUUUUAAAAAGUGUGUGGGCCAAUCUCACGAAGAAUUUAGCAGUGGAAGACAACAAGAUUCUAUGGAAUUUUUGGGCUAUUUGGUGGAUGUUCUUGAUAAGAAGAUCUUCAAGAAUGGCUCUAACCCCAAUGAUCUGAUGAAGUUUACCAUGGAGGAUAGAUUGCAAUGCACUAAUUGUGGUAAAGUUAAGUACAGUUCAGAAGCUGCAGAAAGUUUACAGUUACCAAUGCCUGAAAAUAACGAUCCUCAAGAUUUGGUUCACAUCAUUGCUCAAUACUUCAAUGGAGAGGAGGUAGAAUUCACAUGUCCUCAUUGUAAAACUCUUGUUAAGGCCAUCAAGAAACCUGCAUUAAACACUUAUCCCAACACUUUGGUGGUUAACCCAGCAAGAAUUAGACCGGUAAACUGGGUACCUGUUAAGACGAGCAAUGAACUGCGUCUACCAGGACUUGAAGAUCCAGCUGAAGUUUUAGACAUUUCACAAUUUGGUUCCAAUGGAUUUGAUCCUGCAAAGGAGGAAUUAAUGCCUGAAGAUGAACAGGAUACUGGAUUUGUACCGAACCCAAAUUCUGCAUCACAAUUGGCAGCAAUGGGUUUCCAACCAAAUGGUAUAGCUAGAGCCCUUUUCGCUACCGGUAACUCUAACACUGAAUCUGCUAUGGAGUGGUUGUUCCAACAUGUGGAAGAUGCUGAUCUGAAUGAACCUUUCGUACCACCAAAGGAUUCUAGUUCUGCAGCCGGUGGUAAAUCGCAAGUUAACCCAGAACUAUUAGCUAAUAUGACCGCCAUGGGUCUUGACGAGAAAUUGUCCCUAAAGGCGCUAGUUUUGAACAAAGGGGAUGUUAACCGCAGUGUCGAGUGGGUUUUCAAUAAUAUGGAUGAUGAUGGCGAACUGCCUCAAGAACCCGCAGGCGACGACCCCAAGGAUUAUGGGCAUAAAACACCUGCACCAUACGAACUAACUGGUAUCGUCUGUCACAAGGGUAAUUCUGUGCAUUCUGGUCAUUACGUUGCUUUCAUUAGGCAAAUUGUCGAGAAUGAGAAGAAAUGGGUACUAUACAACGACGAAAAAAUAGUUGUAGCGGCUCCUGAAAACUUUGAAGAGAUAAAGAAAAAUGGUUACAUUUAUUUGUAUUCGAGGAUAUAA